AUGAAUGUGUUUAUGGAUAAAAGAGUGUGUCAUGUGCCUGUGCUUGAGUGUGUUCUAUGCACUCUUGUGGGUAUUGUUUCAGUGGCAUGUGAAAAUGUUGUAGCUGUAUGGCAUGUACCAGGAUGUGAAGAGGACCCAACUCUCCUACACCAGCUGUCACACCCUGCAAAUGUCAAUGAUAUUCAGUAUGUCACAAGAGAAGCAUUUGCGACUGCAGGAGGUAAUGGGAGUGUUAAGCUAUUUCAACAUAGCAACAAUGACCAGUUAGAAAGUAAAGCAACUUGGGAUCGCAUACACACUGUUCUAGGAGGCUCAGUUCCAUGUACAGCAUUGGCCACGAAUGGUGACCAGAUAGCAUCCUUGAUUUCAGAUAAUAUCACCUGUAUCCUACUUUCAGAGAGCGUGGGUGGUUGUAGCAUGUAUGCAGUAGUGUAUGUCCGCGCUAGUGAGGUAGUUACAGCCAACAUGCAAGGCCAUCUUAAGUUAUGGGAUCUGCGGGCCCAGCAGCCAGCCAAAGCAACUCUUCUCAGCCCAGAUCAGAUUGCAGUAUGUCACCUUGCAGGACACCCAACUCAGCAGCACCUUGUGGCAGCUGGAGGAGAAGACGGAGCUAUGGCCAUAUGGGACAUGAGGAAUAUAGCUCAGCCUGUCACUCUCAUUUCUGCACAUAAUGGACCAAUUACUGAAGUACGAUUCCACCCUGCAGCACCAGAUCAUUUGUUUACAUGUGGUUUAGAUGGUCAACUUUUGCAUUGGGAUGCUUCUGCCUCUGCACGGCCAACACCUGUGUCUUUCAAGGGUCCUCGGGAUCCUGCAGGAGCAAGUAUCACAGUGUGGCUAAGCAGUGAUGUUGCCCGCGGAGCCAUCGAUACCACUUGUAUAAUUCCACAGUCAUCCUUACCCAUCAACUCACUGGAUAUUGAAGGGCCAACACUUGUUGCUGGUUCAGAUAACGAGUCCAUUUAUACAGUCAGAAAUGUGUUGCUUUAUUAAAGUUUGUUAUUAAUAUUUACUUGAAAGUUGUGCUCGUUUUGUUUAUUGAUACUGAAAACUACUUAUGUACAAGGCAUUUUGAUAUAUGAUCAAGCACUUGCUAUCUGUCUGAGAUGGUAUCAUUACUUUUUUUCUUUUUUUUUAUAUAUAUAUAUAUAUAUCAGUAUGCAAAGCUACAAUGAUAACAUUUAGGUGCUAUUCUGAUAUACAAAAGUCAGCUGCUUCUCUCCUACAGAUUUUAAUAUAAUAUAGAGCACUCAUCUCAGUCUGGUUAAUGAAGUAAUGUUGCUGAAAUUUAUUGGCAUUUUAUUUCCAAAUUUAUUCAUUUCUAGUACAGGGGGUCCACAUAUAUUUUACUUGUGUUCUGUUGUUUAUUUUUCCUCUUGAAAUGUACUUUUUGUAUCUUGAAAAUAAAAGACAUUAUAGUAC